AUGGCCACCGCCUACAGCUCGCACCGCUUUCUCUCUGCAGUCUCCGCCUCGCGCCCUCUCAGUAGCCCAGUGCGAUCGUCUGACGUGUCAUUUCGUCCGCGUCCGUUCGUCCGGUCGCAUUCAAGCUGUCACUCCCGCCGCGCGUCUCACCGCCAGCGAGUAGUACCGCGCGCGUCGGCAGCGGAUUCCAGAGCGCGCGACAUCGAGGACGGCCGUACCGCCAGAGGCGUAGAAGACGCGUUUCCCGCCAUGGCGGUCCCAUCCCAGCUGACGUCACCCCUGCUGGCAGCCAAUGGGGGGAGCAGCGCGCCGCCUGCAGCAGCUGAGAGCACCCCGCCCACCAGCGCUGCCGUCUGGACUGCUGCCGCCCUGCCCUUCCUCUUCCCGGCGCUGGGCGGGCUGCUCUUCGGCUACGACAUCGGCGCCACCUCCAGCGCGCUGCUCUCGCUCAAGGACCCAGUGCUAUCAGGCACGGACUGGUUUGACCUCUCCUCCACUGCUGUUGGCCUUGUGGUGAGUGGGUCGCUGGGAGGAGCCCUGCUGGGCUGCCUGCUCGCCUUCCGCAUCGCCGACCCUCUCGGGCGGAGGAGGGAGUUGCUGCUGGCUUCGGCGCUCUUCUUUGCAGGAGCGCUGCUCACAGCCUCCGCCCCCUCCCUGCCUGCUCUGCUCGCGGGUCGCCUCGUCUACGGCUCCGCCAUCGGCCUUGCCAUGCAUGCGGCGCCCAUGUACAUAGCGGAGACCAGUCCACCGGCCAUACGGGGCACGCUCAUCGCGCUCAAAGAAGGCUUCAUUGUCGCUGGCAUCCUCGUGAGCCUGCCUCCCUCGCUGCUGCGUCCCACCUCCCAUUCUGCUGGGUCCUACUUUCCAUCUGCUAGGGUACGUGAGCGGCAGUGUGCUGUUGGAUUGGACUCGGAGGGCGCAUGGCAGGCCAUCUACGGGCUGGCAGCACUGCUGUGCCUCACCUCCCAUUCUGGUUCAUUGCCCUCACAGUGCCAGCUGGGGUACGUGAGUGGCAGUGUGCUGGUGGGCACAGAGGGCGCGUGGAGGGGCAUCUACGGGCUGGCAGCGCCGCUGGCACUCGUGAUGGCGGGCGGCAUGGCGUGGCUGCCGCCCUCCCCCCGCUGGCUGCUGCUGCGCGCCCAGCAGCAGCAGCACCACCAGCAGACGCAAGGGCAAGAGGGGCAGGAUGGGCAGGACGGGCAGGUGGGGGAAAGGAGCGAGGAGGCGCGGAGGCGGGCGGUGGAGGCGGUGAGGCGGCUGAGGGGGGGCGCGUGUGGGGAGGGGGAGGUGCAGAGGGAGGUGCAGGGCAUGGUGGUCGCCAUGGGGGAGGGGGGGGGCAAGGGGGUUGCAAGUGGGUGGGGUGAGCUGGUAGCAGGGGCGAGCGGGCGCGCGCUGGUGAUUGCCUGUCACAGGGCAGCCCAGCGUGCUCUACUAUGCAGCCUCCAUCCUCCAGGUCUUCUACUUCCUGCUACUGCCCUGUCGCUUGUCCUCAAGUCCUGCCCCAUCCAUGCAUCUGCUGCCCAUCCCUGCAUCUGUCCCCCAUCUCCUCGUGCGGGCUUCCCCUUUCUCAAUUCUCCCGACGCGGGCUUCUCAGCUGCCAGUGACGCCACUCGAGUGUCAGUGCUGCUGGGCCUCUUCAAGCUGGGCAUGACGGGCGUGGCCAUCGCCACUGUGGACCGCUGGGGCCGCCGCCCUCUGCUGCUCGCUGGCGUCUCCGGCCUGGUGGCGAGCCUGGUGCUGCUGGGGUGGACGUAUGGAAGCCUCAGCGGCGUGCCUGCCCUCAGUGUGCUCGCCCUGCUGCUCUUCGUUGGCUGCUACCAGGUGUCGUUUGGCCCCAUAGCGUGGCUAAUGGUGUCGGAGGUGUUUCCUCUGCCGGUGCGGGGCCGAGCGCAGAGCAUCGCCACGCUCCUCAACUUCGCCUCCAACGCCCUCGUCACCUUCGCCCUGCCGCCCAUUCAGGGCGCGUUGGGGCAAGCAGGCACGUUCUACUCGUUUGCCACCAUCGGUGCUGGAGCCCUCCUCUUCAUCUACCUGUGGGUGCCCGAGACCAAAGGGCUCCAGCUGGAGGAGAUUGAAGCAAAGCUAGCCGCCGGCAAGAUAUGA